AUGGACCAGCAUUCAAAGAUAUAUAAUGUUCGCUCAUUCCAGUUGGAUCUUCUCGCAACUCACAACUCUCUCCAUCCUUUCAACAACUUCAGAUCCCAUCAAAGGGUUCGCGAAUUUAUACUCGCAUCACUUUUUUUUUGCCCGACGACACCUUUGCCAUCACCCCCAAUGGUCCGCCGAUCCUACAGGAGAGCGCGAACCGGGUCCUUUGCCCCCACCGACCUACUCUCCAUCCACCAGGGUGGACGACGGUGGCACGGUGAGAUCGAAGGUAUCGCCGGGCUGUACCUGCUCCAAGCAGUUUGGAGCACAAAGACGCAGAAGGAUGGCACGCCUCCCAAGCGGGCUCCUAAUGGUAUGUUCUCUUUAUAUACCGUAUUUUCACACAACCAUGCUGAUGCAACACUGAUAGCCUUCACCCUCUGGAACCGCUUUUACCAAAGCUCACGGCCUUCAAUGCCUGUGAGCAGCGGUGUAGCGGCGAAUACCUACGCCGCAGUGCCAGAGGUGGAGAAAAAAUGGUGGAAGAGACUCGGGGAGAAGAUUGCCGAGUUUAGGGAGAUGAAGUGGCCGGGAAUUGGCGACUCUGGGUAUGCCUCCAAGUCGUCGUCACGCGACGCGUCGGACGACAUUCCAAUGGUCGACGACUUCGAUUGGGUGCGAGAGGUCAUUGAAGAUCGACUGCAUGGAAGACGCGGCGAUCACUCGCGCCUUUACGCCCACUUUUUAUAUUGGCCCAGAGCCUCAGAUUUGACCGCGAAGAUCGUGGACGCGGUAGAAGGAGGAGCGGUGACUCCCCGGCUGGUGCAGGAAGCGGCUGAAGCCGGAUUGAACGUUGGGCCACACCCAGUGGCUCGACACGUCCCUCCCGCUGCCCCAGCCCCAGCCCCCGCACCUCCAGCACCUCCAGCCCCUCUCGUCAUCCCUCUGCCACCUCCAGCACCUCUUCCACCUGCCCAUCCCGUCUCUUUGGCUCAUGCGCCGCUUCCAGCGCAGCCUCUCCCCCAGGGCCCGGUCAACAUUGGCCCCGUUCGGGCGGCAUCUCAUCGCGCCCGGACGGCUCCUUACCCUGCUCGGCCCUCCCUGUCAUCUCCCGCCUUUCCUCCUGGCCCUUCCUCAUCGCGGACUCCACCCGCCCUCCGACCUCAUCACCUGCCCAAUCCUUACACUCCGCCAUUCUCAUAUCCUCAGUACCCUCUUUCUGCCCCAGCGGCCUUCGACUGUUCGGUCCUCCUUCCACCUUCUCAAGUCCUUCCCGCGGUGCAGCAAAUCACAGCUCAUGAUGCGCCAUUCCUUCUCGACGUCCUCCAAGGUCCUCCACUCCCGGUACAGCCCCAAGUCUUCCAACACCAACAGAUUCCUCAAGUUCCAGAGGAACAUCCGGCCGCGUUUGUGAAUACAUACCAGCAGCCUUGGGUCCCUCUGUUGGAACCCCUCAACCCGGCCGACCAGGCCUUCCUUGAACAUGCACUGACCGCGCAGCCUGCGGUCGUGCCACUCACUGCGGAUAACCAAUCAGAGCCUGGACCCGCACAGAUCGCGCAGCCUGCGGUCGCGGAACCCAUCACCGAGGACGACAUGUUCGAUCAAUACAUCGAUUGGGAUUGCCCAGCGAACGAUGAGCUACUCUCCUGGUUAAUACAGGGCGGCCCGACUCCCCAACCUCCUUAUGUCUGCUCCUCCGCCUAA